AUGGGUUUCUCCAGACCUCAUGUCAUUUUAUUUCCAUUCCUGGCUCAAGGUCACAUGAUUCCUCUUCUGGACAUUGCAAAAGUCCUUGCUGGGUGUGGUCUGAGAGUCUCUUAUGUUACAACUCAUGGCAAUGCUUGUCAUGUAAGAACAAGUAUAAAUGAAGGCAGAGCCCUAAGCCUAGACAUUCAUCUUGUUGAGUUAGAGAUGCCUUGGGUGGAGCGAUUACCUCAAGGGUGUGAGAAUAUGGAUUCAAUUCCCAGUUUGGAGAUCUUUAUUCUAUUUCUUAUGACCUUAAAGAAGCUUCAGGAGCCAUUUGAGAAGAUGUUGUAUCAGUUGAUUGAUGAACAGCAACCUGCUUGUUGUUUAAUUGCUGAUCUAUUCUUUGGUUGGUGUAAUGAAACAGCUGAGAAAUUUCAAAUACCCAGGUUGGUCUUCCAUGGAAUAAGUUCAUUUGCUCUGUCUGUAGAAUACUCCUUGUGGUCUCAUUUACCCCAUAAAAGUUUGAAAUCAGAGCAGGAGACAUUCCUUGUUCCUGAAAUGCCAACUCCUCUAGUUUUAAGCAAAGCAAAUUUAUCUAAAGAGGCUGAUGAAUCUCACCCCCUGUUUUUGUUCUUUGAUGAUCUAUUAAAAAGAGACAAGGAAAGUUGGGGUAUUGUUGCAAACACCUUCUAUGAGCUAGAGCCUGUUUAUGUAGACCAUUUGAGGAAGUAUGUUGGUAAACCUGUGUGGACAAUAGGCCCCCUUUCUCUUUCCAAAGGAAUUGAGUCAAUUGACAGAGGAAAGUCAUCUGAUAUAAAAGCUGAUAAGUGCUUGCAAUAUCUGGACUCUCAGAGGCCAAGGUCUGUCCUUUAUAUUUCAUUUGGUAGCCAGCCAUGUAUUUCUGAUAAACAAAUUUCUGAGAUUGCAUUGGCUCUCCAAGCUAUAGAGCAACCUUUUAUAUGGAUUAUUAAAUUGCCAUCAGAUGCAACAAAGACUAAUCCACAACAUAAAGUUUCACCCUUGUUUCCAAGUGGGUUUGAAGAGAUAACAAAGAAAAAAGGCCUGAUUAUUAUGGGAUGGGCACCCCAGCUGCUGAUUCUAUCACAUCCCUCAAUUGGAGGUUUCCUGACACACUGUGGGUGGAACUCAACUAUAGAAAGUAUUUCUUCAGGGGUGCCCAUGAUUGCAUGGCCUUUCUUUGCAGAGCAAAAUCUGAAUGUAAAGAUGGUUGUGGAUGUUUUGAGGAUUGGGUUGCCAAUUCCUUUGUGUGACCAUGAGGGCCUAGUUAGAUGGGAAGGCAUUAAGAACGCUGCACUGGAGUUAAUGCAUGGGGAGGAGGGGCAAGCUGCUAGAGGAAGAGUCUUGGAGCUUGCAGAAGCAGCCAAGAAAGCUGUAGGAAUAGGUGGCUCAUCACAUAAAAGCCUAGUUUCAUUAGUUGAACAAAUUCACAAGUGGCAUACAAGCAUGGAGCAGUAUAUGGAAAAUGAUACACAACAUUAA